CCUGGAGCCCUGGCUCCUGUUUAAUAUUCCGCCUGCUCCGUGGAUGUUGUGCUUGGCUCCUGUGGGACUGCAACUCACGGCUGGAAACUGGAGCCAAUUUUCUGUCUUCAUCUCUCAGUGUUUUGACUGGAGGCAGAUCCAGUUCAGGCCGAUCGGGGCUGGUGGAAACAACUACCAAGUGUGUCUCUGUCUGCUUCGCUUUGGGAGAAGAAAGUGGAGGGAGCCCCAACAUGUUGUAGGGGAACUGGCCCUGCGGAAACCGAGGAAGAGGGGGCCACGGGCACGUGGAAAGACCAAACCUGAGAGCGUCAGAUGGAAUUCCGAUCUGAGGCUGUCAGAGAUGACUCUGGUUCUGUCCAUGAAUAGAUUCUGCGAGCCCAUUGUCUCAGAAGGAGCUGCUGAAAUUGCUGGGUACCAGACACUAUGGGAGGCUGACAGCUACGGAGGCCUGAGCCCCCCGGGGCCAGCCCAGGCUCCCCUGCAGGGAGACCGGGGAGCCGGUCCCCCACUGGCAGGAUCACAUUACAGGGGAAUUUCAAAUCCUAUAACAACAUCCAAGAUCACAUACUUUAAGAGGAAGUAUGUGGAAGAAGAGGAUUUUCACCCACCACUCAGCAGCUGUAGCCAUAAAACCAUCUCAAUCUUUGAGGAGCGAGCCCACAUCCUUUAUAUGUCCUUAGAAAAGCUAAAGUUUAUCGAUGAUCCUGAAGUGUACCUCCGAAGAUCUGUCCUCAUAAACAAUCUGAUGAAAAGGAUCCAUGGAGAAAUUAUCAUGCAGAAUAACUGGUGCUUUCCUGCCUGCUCUUUCAAUGGCACCUCUGCCCAGGAGUGGUUUAUGGCUCAAGACUGUCCUUACCGGAAACGACCUCGGAUGGCCAAAGAGGAGUGUGAAAAGUUUCAUGCCUGCUGCUUGUACCAGGAAUGUGGUGGUCACUACCUAAAUUUACCCCUCUCGGUCAACGCUAAUGUCGGAAGUGCCUCCACCUCUGCCUCCUCUUCCUCCCCCUCCUCGUCUUCCUCUUCCUCUCCCCCUCUGCCUUUACCGAGCUGUUCCCACCAGGUGGAUUUUGAUAUAGGCAGCGCACCUGUUUACAAGGGUGAUGGCCAGAUACCCGCCAGUGAAAUCUUUGUUACUAACGUCCGGUCACUUGGUGUUCAGGAAAAGGCCAAAUUAAAUGAUGAGAAAGUAAAUGAUGACACCAACAGGGAUGGUGGCCCCCUGAGCCAUGGACCUGUGGGCAAUGACCUUGCUUUUGAGGGCAAAGGCCAAUUUUAUGAUUAUUUUGAGACUGGAUAUAAUGAAAAAAGCAGUGUAAGUGAGUCUUGGAAAAAGUCCUUGAGGAAAAAGGAGCCUUCACCGAGUAACAAGCUGUGCUGCAGCAAAGGAAGUAAAAUAUGAGCCAUCUUCUCACGCAAACUUUGAAGCAUGCACAGCAUGAUCAGUUAGCUCUCAUAAAUUUUAUUUUGAAUGGAUUUUAUAGUUUUGUACAACUGAUACAAUUAUGCCAUGAACAUGCCAUGUCGUUUAAAUGCCUGGAGAGCAGAUUGCAUAAAACAUCUGUAUUGUAGGCAUCGGCGAGCUACUCAUAAAUGUGGUGACGUUACCAAGAAGACAGUUGACUUAACACUUAAACGUAUAUCUUAGUUUUCUUACUGAGAAGAUCAGCAGAUUAGACUGGGGGACAGCAUGCCCUUGUGCUAUUUCCACGACCUGCAAGGAGCCUGUCACUAGCGAUGAACCUUCCACCUGUUUGCCAGUUAAUUAGGUAGUUAUUUGGUAAGCAUAUCGAUAUAACCAGCAAAGGAGGUCUGCUGCAUCUCUAUGAUACAGUAUUUUUUUUCUGAAUAAAAGACUGAGGACAGGGGGCUAGGAGAAAUGGCUUCCUGGUGCUGUUAAAUAUUUGGAUUCAACCGUCUUGUGUGACAGAUGAAAUAGGAUAGGAGGUAAUGAAACAGCUGACUAGGGGCAACAAUCAACGAUACAAGUAGAGGGCGAUCCCUGCCAGUCCCUGGCUUGCCUGUGAUGGGUGACGAGGCUUUUAGAAAGGUGUUAUACAGGGCGAUUUUUGGUGCCUUACUUUAUCUUAAUUUUUGCCAAUGUGAAAAUUAAGGAUAAAUCAGAGUACAGCAGGGAUUUAACAAACAGGAAAAAAAAAUACAAACAGGGUGGAUCAAUAUUGUUUGGAAAUCUUUAACGUCGAACUAUUGCGUUCAACUUUUGAUUCAACAUCUCUAUUCUUCCUUUAUUUUUUGAUGCCCAAUUGCUUUUGGAUUUGGCAUUUUUAGAAAGGGAUGGAGGAAACAAUAGAGAGAGCUGUUAGGGACCAGCACUAGCUGCUCAAGCUUUUCUAUGGCAACGGUCUGUUGCUGGGGUUUGGGUUUUCUGGGUUUUGAGUUGUGUUGUUUUGUUUUGUUUUCUUGUCCAAUGAACUUCAUGAACCAGUAGCAUGCAUCAUACUUUAAUCUGUUUUGCAUCAUUUCACUCGUUUAGAUUAUAAAAGCAUGUGGUUUUUUAUAUAUGACUUUUGCUGUUGAUUACGAAGCACAAUGUUAAUACAUGAUGUGGUGAUCAAUAAGGUUUUAUCUUAAAGAAUGUAAAGAUUUUCGUUUGGGGAAAGUUAUUUUGGAGAAAUGGGACUCAGUCGGCAAAAGCUCCUAUGUAUUUGGCCAACAUUUUUCUCAGUCGUUUUUUUCAUGUGUACAUUGGCAAGAGUGUUCAGAGGGGCCCCUCUGACCAUCCUUCCUUGCACGCCAGCCAAUUCCUCCUGCUAAACUCUUAUUCCCAUUUCCAAGGUUACUGACUGACUUGGGCCUCCUUACACAAUACUUCACAGGAACCAAAUUCCAAAUGGAGGAAAUAAGUAAGUCCUCCCAGUUUCUCCAAGAUAAAGCUUUUUUUAUUAUUGCUAUUAAUAUUAAAUAUAGGUCUCAUUCAUACAGUGUAUGAGUAGGAUCGUCAUUUGGACAAUGUCCACAAGGACCAAUUUUUAAAACCCGUUCUUGUGUUAUGGCUGAAUAGUCUAGUGAUGUUUUGUCCUUUAUUUUCAAUAUUUGAUAAACAUUUGAUGUUGAAAACUUAGAUGAUAGAUGCUUGUAUAUGAAUGUGUUGUAAUAAAGUGAGGUUUUCUGGAUAUAUAUUUAUUAAAAUGAUCAAAAUUCA